CUUGGGCACUGCCCCGGCUCCUGAGGGAGCUUUGGCUUUCUGCCUCCCUCCAGCGCCAGCGGGGGCGGCUGUUUUUAGGAGCUGAGCUCAGCGGGGCCGUGCCUGCUCGGCUGGGAGGGGUGGGACACCCCCCAGCCAGCCUGCAGCCUCCGGGAGCUGGGAUGCUCUCGCCCCCCAGGGCUCUGGGGCACUUUUAGCUCUUUCACCUCCCCAGGACCCCAAGGAGCCGGAUCCCUGCGGUGGCUCCAGCCGGCCCGGGGCCGCAGGUCCCGUCCUUGGGGAGCUCUCGGCUGCCUCCGUGGUGCCGGGGGGGCCCUGAGCCCCGUCCCGGAGCCGUUCUCUGGGGGCCCCCCGCCCCUCCCCGGGCCAUGAUCGCCGUGUCCAUCCCGGCGGCGGAGCCUCCGGCGGCGCGAAGCCCCGACAAGGGGCACACGGUGUUCCGGGUGGAGGUUCGGUGCGAUGGCCGCAGGCACACGCUGGCCAAGCGCUACAGCGAGUUCCAGGCGCUGCACAAGCGGAUCAAGAAGACCUGCAAGGUCCCCGACUUCCCCCCGAGCCAUGUUCCCAACUGGAUGCCUAAAGUGCUGGAGCAGCGGCGGCAGCGCCUGGAGCUGUAUCUGCGGGGUGUCCUGUUCCACAACAAGGAGCUGCCGCAGGACGUGCUGGACUUCCUGAAGCUGCGCCGUGGCCAGGACCCCCCACCCCGCUGCCCCCCAGCUGCUCCCCAACACGGUGCUCAGCGGGGUGCUUCAGGGCCUCUACCUGCCCCCCAGCCUGGCAGCGCCCCAAGCCCCCGGCCUGUCCGGCUCCUGAGCUCCCACCCAGCCCCACAGCAGCAGGAAGGAGCCCUGUGGUCAAAACGAGCUCUGUGCAGCAAGAGCUGGGAUGGGGCAGGAAAACCCAUGGGAGAAGCCAAGGGGUAUGGUGGGAGCUGCUCUGCAGGACCAUGAAAGCUCCAUUGCCUUCGGACCAGAUGGUUUGUGGUUGUGGCAGGAGCCUCUGGCCACCAAACCAUGCUGGAAAACCCUUCAGCACCUCGACUUGGUGCAAUAAAUCACUUGGGCUUGGUGGGCAGAAGGGGUUUGUGCUCUGUUCCCUAGGGCAUGGAGUAGGGAGGACAAGGGGGGUGGAAAUGGCUUUAUACUGGAAGAGGGGACAUUUAGGUUAGACAUUAGGAGAAACACUGGCCCAGGCUGCCCAGGGAAGUCGUGGCUGCCCCACUCCUGGAAGUGUUCAAGGGCAGGUUGGAUGGGGGCUGGAUCUAGAUGAUCUUUAAGGUCCCUUCCCACCCAAACCAUUCCAUGAAUCUAUGAAACCUGAGACCACUUAUGGCUUGAUGAAAGCUGAAAGA